UCACAUGCAUCAUUUUUGUAUGUAUAUAAUCUAAUAAUACUGUAUCAAUCUUGAAAUUUGAAUCUCGAAAUCAUAUUGGAGCAUUGAUGGAGAAAUUGGUGGAAGUAUCAGAACCAGAAAUAGGAAUAGACUUUGCACUAGGCUGUAAAUGCCGAGCCACAGUGAACCUUAGAUCACUUAGUGCAGCCUAUCCAAUAGCAUUCAAAGUUCAAACUUCUUCUCCUCACAAAUUCCUUGUCAAUCCACCUAGUGGCCUAAUAUCACCAUUAUCUUCAACCUCUUUCCAAGUGAUUCUCAAGCCCCAACCCCAAAUCCCUCCCACUUUCCCUCGCUCCCCUUCGGAUCGGUUCCUCGUUAGAACCGCAAUAGCGUCAGAACUCGAACUCGAACUCAACUCGUCUUCUGAAUCGACUCGAUCCGAUAUCGUUAACUCCUGGUUCAAGUCAAUUGGGCAUCGUUCAACUCAUGACAUAAAACUCAAGGUGGUUUUCGUUGGUCCAUUUCUUCUCCGUCAUGCCGUUAGUAACGGAGAUUGUGAUUCCGUUAGAAACAUUAUCAAACGGCACCGAUCCAUUUUCACCGAGUUUUCAACCCGAGAAGCAGAGUCACUCUUCCGAGUAGCAAAGCAGUUACCUAAUAACAACAAGGACAUGGUGGAUAUCUUAAUUCAAGGUGGACUGAAGGUGGACGCAUGUACUGAACCAAACGACGUUAAAUGGGUGUCCAAAGGGUGGACGGCGUUACAUAUCGCCGUGGCGAAUGACCGGAGGGAAGAGAUUGAGAGGUUAUUGAGAGAGAACGGGGGGUGCAGGUGGUUGGAUAGCAGAGACAAAGAGGGAAGAACGCCGUUACAUUUAGCAGCGAGUAAAGGGUUAUUGGGUAGUGGUAAGGCGUUGAUAGGUGCAGGUGCGCGAGUGGAUGCGAGAAGCAAAGAUGGUCGAACGGCUUUGUUCAGAGCUGCUGCUAAUGGCGACUGUGAAAUGGCGAAGAUGCUUGUUGAAAUGGGUGCUGACCCUACUCUAACUGAAUUGCAUCUUAGGCGUUCAGCUCUUGAUAUCGCCAGAGCUAAGGGACAUGGGGUAGUCGUUAAAAUACUCGAAAGAGGAGAAGCAGUUCUACAUGCAGCAAGGCAUGGAGACGUUCAGCUACUCGAAACUCUUCUCGAAAAGGGAGCCACCACAAACUUCCGCGAUCAAUACGGUGUAGCAGCACUUCAUAUGGCAGCUAUUAAAGGAAAAAAAGACGCAGUAAUGAUAUUGGCUGAAUUUGGAGCCGACUUGGAAUGCCAGGACAUACAAGGUCACACUCCGCUGCAAAUGGCAGUCGAAGGCGGAUGUGCACACACAGUAGAAGUGCUGCUGAACAGAGGAGCCAAUGUAAAUGUCAAGAACAACAAAGGGGUUCAAUUGGAUGAUUAUGUUGAUAAUCCGAUUUCAAUGGGAGUGAGCAAAUUGGGAAGUUUGCUGGGUCCAGAUGACAAACCAGCGGAUUUGAUAUUGCCCAUAUCGGCAAAUGGAGAUAAUGGGCUUUGGUUUCGAAUUGAGAGUGAAUUGGGAAUGUAUGGGCAACAAGUUGUGAUUCCAAAGAAUACUUAUAAAGCUGGGAUGGAGAUAUAUGUAUCGUUUCAUGGGAAUGAUGAGUUUUGGUACUCUAAUCCGCCGGAUUCAUAUAUAAAGAUGAAUAAUUUGACCACAAAGAGAGGACAUGGAGCUUAUAGGGAAGUUUUGUUGAAGAUAGAUGAGAAUUUGGUGGGAUCUUUGGUACCAUUUCCGGUGGUUUUCAAAGGAGGAAUCAAUCCUUUGUUCUGGGAACCAGUGGUUUCAAUUGGUGCCUUUGAUCUUCCUUCUUAUGAUAUUGAUUUAACACCAUUUUUGGGGCUUCUGAUUGAUGGUAAAUCCCACUUUUUGAGUCUUGGAGUGGCGGAUAGUAUCCCAUUUUGGCUAGUUGAUGGGAAUUUGCAUCUAUGGGUAGAUGAUUGCGCAUUGCCAUGUGAAGUUAAGGCUAAAGUUGUUGAUUAUGGGACUCCUAAAUUUAACAUUGAGCAAUCAUCUAACUUUCGAGGCCUUGAUGGUUCAUGUGAGAUUGAGAUGAAGAGGAAGAGCAAGGUUUCAGGGUGGGUUAAUUCGACUUCAGGAAACUUAACUACAACAGUUUCCAGGGAAGUGAAAUUUAAGAAUAAGAUAAAGUUCUAUCUUAAUGGUACUGAAAAAAGGGUAAUACAGAAUGUGAGAGAAGAAACUAUAGUAAGUGUACUGUCUGAUACAGGUAUCAGGAUUUCUCGGACCACUACGAAAAAGACAUAUCCACUUAGCAUGACCACUAAGAAUUCACCUUCAUCAGAGAAUGAUACAAGCUUGAUGCUUACUGACCUAGACCAUGAAUGGAGGGGGAGGAAGUCCAUUGGGGAUUUAUCAAUCUCCUUGAUAAAUCGGCAGAAAUGCAAUGGUUGGAUGGUCGUUCAAGAUCAUGAUGUUCUAUCUGGUGGUGCCACCACUCAACAAGCUUAUUCUUAUAGGGAUGAAGUUGGUUGUUAUUCUCGGAUCGUUUCAGCUGCCAAUGGCACACUUAUGAGCGACACUUCAAGCAGUCUUUGUUCAUUUUCAGCUUUGUGAAUUAUGACUUAGUUUGGGGAGUCCUUUUUAUAAGUUAAAUGAUCCAUUUCCACAAUCAUUCCGUUCCGUGUGACCAUAUUAGCAUCAGUUGAUUUGAUCCCCUAAAUCUUGUCUCAGUAUUAAAUGUAAGCAAUUUGUGUUCUUGUAUGCAAGUUUUAUGGUUCAAUAAGAAUGUGAACGGCCAGGAAAUGAACUUACAUUGAUUAUUUGCUGGUA